CCCCAGUGGGCGGAGUGCAGCUCCAGCACACACCGCGUCCCCGCUCCAGCACCACCGCCGCCGCCGCCGCCACUACCAGCACCAGCACCCAGUACAGCUGCUCCUCUCUGCAGACGCGAACAACCAUAGCGGAUCGGCAUGGGUGUAGAAGUUGAGACGAUAUCUCCAGGCGACGGGAGAACUUUUCCGAAGAAGGGACAGACGUGUGUGGUGCAUUAUAUAGGAAUGCUGCAAAAUGGAAAAAAGUUUGACUCCUCACGAGACAGAAACAAGCCCUUCAAAUUCAAAAUCGGCCGACAGGAAGUCAUCAAAGGCUGGGAAGAAGGUGUUGCACAGAUGAGCCUAGGCCAGCGGGCGAAAAUUACCUGCACCCCGGAUAUGGCAUACGGAGCCACAGGGCACCCUGGGGUCAUCCCUCCCAAUGCCACACUCAUAUUCGAUGUGGAGCUGCUAAAGCUGGAGUAAAUCAUCCUCUUCAGAAGGAAGAAACUCUAACCCUCUGCCCCACCAUGGAAAUGCUUCCCGUGAAUUUAGGGUCUCAAACUACAUGCUCAGAAUCUCCUCGUCUUUAUUGCCAACCUGCACUCCAUGGCUCACCUAGCUCGUUUUUAAACAUGUGAAACGCUACAGCUCUAGUUUGCUCAUAAGCAAUGUCCAGUUCGAUUUCCUUUGCACUCUACAUACACUUAUUAAAUCAGCAUAACCAUAAGAAACAUUUUUGGAUUGAAACAACUGCCUUACUGUAUUUGAAGUGGAAACAUGGUGUAAUAGAAGUGACAGCUCUGCUCUUCUGUAUAUUAAGGGGCAUUAACAACCACUGUCUGCAUUGCCACUUUUGAUAUAACGAAGUCCAUCUAAAUGCAUAUGAAACAAUAAUCAUGUUGUUGUACCUAGUAAUAUUUUAUAUGUACUGUAUCCCUUAUAAAAUUUGCUUGCAAGUAUUACAGGAUUUCACAAAAUCUUGCCUAUGCCUGGAACAAACUGAACACUGUACUUUGGCUUCUUUGAAUAUUUUAUUAAUCGACUCUUAAUAAAUAUAAUCAUAUUUGGAACUCUUUAAAGCAAGUCCUUGUAUUGCUCAAUUACAUCAUUGUUGUAAGGUGAAGAAUUUUACGUUUUGGGUUGUAAGAAAUUCGUAUAAAAGAAUAGAUACAAAUACUUUAGUACUCAGUACCUAGAAUAAGCUGUGAUGGUGAGCUGGGUAGUGUUAAUGUUGCUCAAGUGGGUUUCCACAAGUUCUCAUGUUUCCCCCCACUUCUGAGAAACAUUUCAGUAAGGUUAGGCUUUUACAGGUGUUUACAGUGAUGAGGUUCAUAGCCAACCACUAUUAAAGUAGUUUAAUAGUGUAUUAUUGGGCACAGGUGGCUCAGUGGUAGGUUUCUCGUCUGCCAAGCGGAAGGCCGGGGUCAAACCCCAGCCCACUGAAUGCAGUACCAGUCCUGAGCGCAGAUAAAAUGUGAGGGUUGUGUCAGGUUUAGCUAUCUAUCUAUUCCCUGUACUGCCUAUCCUGUGUAGGAUUGUGGGGGCUUGUAAGAAAUUUUACCAUGGUAUAAGUACAUUUAGGCAUCUGGCAGACGCCCUUAUUCAGAGUGACUUACAUUUUUAUCAUAUUAUACAUCUGAGUAGUCAAGGGUUAAGGGCCUUGCUCAAGGGCCCAACUUGUGGUCAUGGGAUUUUAAACCUGGGACCUUCUGAACCGUAAUCCUAUGCCUUAACCACUGAGCUUCCUCUGUACUCUGUAGGUAUUACAGUGGUCUGAUGGUACCUGUACAGUGGUAUAAAUUACUAGUAUAUAGUAUUUGACAUUAUCAUGGUAUUUAUUUGCUGAUGUAGUAUAUAUGCCACACUAUGGUGUAUUUUUAUGAAGGUUAUCUGAAAGUUGAGUCAUGUCAACUGGACUUCUUUCUUGUUCAGUAGAUAUGUUUCAUUACUCAUCCAAGUAGUUAUUUAAUAUAAAGUAAGUUGGAAAGUUCCUUGUGUUUUAAGUCCUCCAAGGUCAAAGGAUCCUUCACUAUCUGAAAAGGAAUAGGAGAACAAUGGAGAAGGUGAGAAUAGGAGGGAGGGUUGUUAAGAGAGUAGGGAGAGAGAGACCUGUUCCCAGUAAUAUAUCAUACCGAUAAUAUGUACUAAAUGUACAAUAUGUACAAAAACACCAUAUUAGAUACCUGGUCAAUCUGAACAGAUCUUCUGAACAGCAUGAUAACAUCAUUCAGAGGGCCCAGGUAAUGACUCACUUGAUGUUUUACCAUUCUCUUUUAAUUCAACUAUAAUGGUAUUACUGGUAGAAAGAGGAAGUUCAUAAGCCCUCGCUACAGUAUAUGUCUCUGGGAAAUCCCUUAGAUUGACCAACAAUACCUUUUUCAAAGAGAUAAGGAGUAUUGUUGUUCAAUCUGAGGGACGUCCCAGAGAUAAAUAGCUAGGGAUUACAAAUGUCUCACUCCUAGACCUGCUUAAAAUGCAAAGAUGUGUAAAACGGAAUCAAACAGUAGUUAUAAUAAACUCUCAACUGCUCCCGUCAAGGGAUGGCCACAGCGAACCAUCCGAUCCGCUUGGCGCAGGUUUUUACUUGGCACAGGUUUUUAUGCCGGAUGCUCUUUCUGACGCAACCCUCCUAUUUUAUCCGGGCUUGGGACCGCCUUACUGUAUUUAAAGUGUCAAUAGAAGUGACAGCUCUGCUCUUCUGUAUAUUAAGGGGCAUUAACAACCACUGUCUGCAUUGCCACUUUUGAUAUACAAAGUCCAUCUAAAUGCAUAUGAAACAAUAAUCAUGUUGUUGUACCUAGUAAUAUUUUAUAUGUACUGUAUCCCUUAUAAAAUUUGCUGCAAGUAUUACAGGAUUUCACAAAAUCUUGCCUAUGCCUGGAACAAACUAAACACUGUACUUUGGCUUCUUUGAAUAUUUUAUUAAUCGACUCUUAAUAAAUAUAAUCGUAUUUGGAACUCUUUAAA